GCCUGGCGGAAGGGCCGGCCCAGUGAGGGUGGAAGAUCCUGGGCCCUCAGAGCCAGACAAAGCCUGGGGGGAAGAGGCCAGUGAGGGGAGCAUUGGCGACAGCAUAAGAGAUGUGCAGAUCCAGGCAAAAUACAAAACACCAGCGCGUGGAUCCCUGCCUCCCAUUCCUCAUCACUCAGAGCAUUCUUCGGGAUCUGAAUCCGGGUCCUUUCGGGGUUCCUGCUCCAUCCUGGGACUCCACAUCUCCAGGGACACCGCCUGGGAGGAAGACGGCGCGUUCAGCGACCAGUAUCACAGACACAGCCGCUGUGAUGCCGGCUGCUGCCUGUACGUGGGCGGCAGAGAGCAAUCCGCAGACGAUGGCCCGUGGCAGCUGCUGCUGUGCAGCUCGUGUGGCUCCCAGGGGACCCACCGCCGCUGCUCCUCGCUGGGGACAACCAGGGGCCUGUGGGAGUGUGAGGACUGCGCGGAGCCCGCAGGGGCGGCAUCCCACCAGCUCUCCGCCCCGGGGAGACCAGCAACCAGCCAGGCUGCGUGUGGAACCAGGGGCAGCUCCGGUGCGUCUGCCAGAGGCAGGAGGCCAGGACCCACCACACUCACCCCGAGAGCCAGACUUUCCCGUCCCCGGAAGUGAAGACCCUUCGCUGCCCCGGUCCCUGGCUCUGCUACCUACAGCACCAGUGCUGGGAAGAGCUGUGGACCCCCGGGGUUUCCCUGCCGCUGCUCCUCUCCGUAACAUCCCAGCCCUGCCGGAGCAAGGGGCUGCCCCCCAGAACACACAGAAUGGAUACAAAUUGCUAUUUUGCCGGAAGACCAGCUCCCCAGGGAUUUCAUGGCUGUUGGGCAUUGUAGGUCUGUGCAGACCAUAGCAGCAGAGAAAC